GAGUAGAGCGAGCAGGCGUACGCAACAGCAGCUCGGAGAAACUAAAACUCUUCCUAAGGAUCUUUUUAAGGAAAGGCGUGGCGUUUCCUUUUGCUAUGCACAACACGUUCUGAGUCCACUAUGAACGCGACGACCAUCUUUUUCCAUCCAGAUGUUCAGCCAAUAAGAAGCGGCGCUGAUUCCAGCGAAGGAAGGAGGCGGAGGGAGGAAUGCUGCAGGAUGCUCAUUAUAAUGGCUGUCAAACCUCAGUGACGACAGGAUAAAAAAAAAACAAAAAACAAACAUAUCUUUUCAUGCGAGGUUGACGUGGAGGAUUUACACCAUGCUCGCUGCAGCUGUCACGGUGUUGCUCGGAACGGUAGUUUACAUUGUGCAUGCCCAAGAAGUGACACUCAGAGAGUUUCAUGAGGGACAUGUCCAUUCGGAGCAGGCCGUGGCUUUGCUGCAAAGACGAACCUUGUACAAAGACGUCGUCACCAUCUUGUCAAGAUCCCACGCAGACCGUAACGUCUACCCAUCAGCUGGGGUGUUGUUUGUCCACGUGCUAGAGAGAGAGCACUUUAAAGGAGAGUUUCCGCCGUACCCCAAAUCAGGUGAUGCCAGCAAUGAUCCGAUCACCUUCAACACCAACCUGAAGGGCUUCCCCGACAGACCCGGCUGGCUGCGCUACAUCCAGAGGACUCCUCACGGCGACGGCGUGCUCUACGGUUCCCCCACCGCGGAGCACGUUGGCAAGCCGACCGUGAUAGAGAUUACCGCCUACAACAGACGCACGUUUGAGACGGCACGGCACAACUUGGUCAUUAACGUCAUGGCCACAGAAGAGUUCCCGCUGCCCUACCAGGCCGAGUUUUACAUCAAAAACAUGAACGUAGAGGAGAUGCUGGCCAGCGAGGUGCUGGGAGACUUCCUGGGUGCCGUGAAGAACGUGUGGCAGCCCGAGCGGCUCAACGCCAUCAACAUCACGUCGGCGCUGGACCGUGGCGGCCGGGUGCCCCUGCCCAUUAACAACCUAAAAGAAGGCGUGUAUGUGAUGGUCGGCGCUGACGUUCCCUUCUCGUCGUGCCUCCGGGAGGUGGAGAACCCACGUAACCAGCUGCGCUGCAGUCAGGAGAUGGAGCCUGACAUCAGCUGUGACAAGAAAUUCAGAGCUCAGUUUCACAUCGACUGGUGUAAGAUCUCCCUGGUCGAUAUCAACAAAGUGGUCCCCGUGUACGUUUCCCGCCCAGAUCCGGGCACGGGAAUCCUGCCCGAGUUCGGGGAGUACAACCCCCCGUCGGAGUCUCUGAAGAGCCCCGACUACUUCUCCGACUUCCUGGUGACGCUGGCCAUUCCGUCCGCCGUGGCCCUCGUCCUCUUCUUCAUCCUCGGCUACACUAUGUGCUGCAGACGGGAGGGGGUGGAAAAAAGAAACAUGCAAACACCAGCCAUCCAGCUGGUUCACCACAGCGCCAUCCAGAAGUCCACCAAGGAGCUGCGGGGCAUGUCCAAGAACCGUGAGAUCUCCUGGCCUCUGUCCACCCUGCCCGUCUUCAACCCGGUCAGCGGGGAGGUGGUGCCCCCCAUCCACCCCGACAACUACGAGACCACCAGCAUGCCCCUCAUGCAGACACAGGCGAAUCUGCAGAAUCAGAUAACAAUACCACAGCAGAGGCCAUCAGGAGAUAAUUAUGUCAUGUCAACAUUUCGAAGACUGGAGGUAAAUGGUAUCCCUGAGGAAAGGAAGGUGGCUGAAGCCCUUAACCUAUGACCAGAAGCUCCAGCGUAGGAUCUGCCUUCCAUCUGUCUGGGUUUUUUUUUGUGUGUGUGUUUUCUAACAUUUGUGCCAAACUAGUGCUGCAUAAUAUUAACAAAUCAUGCAUCUGCCGUAUUAUUGUCGAAUACUGCAACGAUGAUGUCAGUGGCGAUUAAUGCAUCUUUUUCCACUCAUUAUGAUGCUUCCAGCUGUGUAACCUUUAGCAUCUUAGGCUUGACCCUCUGGGUCAGGUGUCGACGUCUACUUCAGCGACACUCCAUCCAACAGAUGAGUGGAUUUCUGGCAUGCACAGUGUUAAUUCAUGACACGUGGGCAUUGUGAUAACAUCGCACACAAUAUUUGAACCAUUUUGCAUUCCCGGUGUCGACCUGCAUGUCUCACAUGGACGGUUUCAGUCACGUCAUUCCUGCUUGGUGAGAAUCUGUAACGGAGGAGUAGCAGAUCUACAAGAUGUGUAUAUGUUAAACAUAUGGACCUCAGAGAAAAGGGAGUUUGUAAUGUGUCAGUUUUAUGUAAUGUAUAAAUUGGUAAUAAAUUCUUUAUAAAAUAUUUAAUGGUUUUGACCAAUACACAUGUUCAGAAAAAAAGCCCCAAAACAUUGUAUUUUUUUUUUUAAUCAAGGGAUUUUUUUUUAAACGAUGUACAACAGAAUAAAGGCAUUUAUAAAUAUGAAGAGAAUUCCACACUUUGUCAGACACCACAAACAAACAUGUAAAUAUUUGACUAAGCCCUAAAAAAGGGUGUAAUAUUUGUUGCUUUUACGUGAUCACACAGAUCAAUUAAGGCAUGAAACAACUGCCAAAUGUACCACUUUGCUGUUGAUCAAUAAAAGAGGUCAGUAAACUUUAUACAUGUAUCAAAGGAAAACGGUGGGAGGUAAAUACCAUAUUAUCGAUAAUUAUCCGAGGUUCUGAGUGUUAGUAGAAAUUUUGAGGUCAAAUUUGGCUCCGUUUCACUUUUAGUGUGAAAAGCCUCAAAAGCUGCAGAUUGUAACAAAAACAAAAAUGUGUCCUCACUUUCCUGGGAAAAAACAAACAUAAAUCCAAAAUGAUUGACACGCAAUUUCCUGUUUUACUACCCAACGGUAGAUGCAAUUAAAACGGCAAGUUUAAUAUAACUGUUUUCUUUAAGCAAAAAUAAAAAAUUCAAAAUAAAUAUGCCAAACAAAAAUGUACUAAAAUCUGGGUUUCAUCUUAAAGAUGAAAGUGGAAAAUAAAAAGCAGGUUCAAAAUAAAAGUGCUCCCUCUCAAAUGAGUAGAAACAGGCAAAGGACCAAUUACCCACUUGGCAACAGACAUAUUAAACAAUAUUUCCAUGUAUGCGGCAUUAACGUAUCCUCUUAGGUCGUCUGUCAGUGCAUUACAAAGUGGUUAUAAUGCUGAAGUGGCCCUGAUUUCAAGUGCUUCAAACAACACACUUGAACAUGUGCCGUUUACAGAACCCUCUAGAGUUAAAAAAGAGAAAAAAAAUAUCAAAAAGCCUUCACCUAAUCAUUAA